AUGACAAAUGAUCUAACAAAGAAUAAGUCUAUUGGAUAAUAUCUAUUUGGUAAAGAAUAAAUAAUAAAUUAAAAAAGGAAAAACUUUAGGAGAAGGAACUUUUGGGAAAGUAAAAUUAGCAACACAUAUAAUGACAGGAGAGAAAGUAGCUAUAAAAAUAUUGGAGAAGUAAAGGAUAGCUGAUGCUUCUGAUGUUGAAAGAGUAACAAGAGAGAUUCAAAUUUUGAAAUAAGUUCGACAUCCUAACUUAGUAUAAUUAUAUGAAGUAUUAUUGGGUUCUUAUCAGAUAAUAGAAACACCGAAAUAAUUAUUUUUAGUGAUGGAAUAUGUUAAUGGUGGUGAACUUUUUGAGUAUAUAGUACAAAAUUAGAGAAUAAAAGAUGUUGAGGCUGUUCGAUUCUACAGUUAAUUAAUAUCUGGAAUAGAGUAUUUGCACAAAUUGCAUAUAGUGCAUAGAGAUUUAAAACCAGAAAAUUUGAUUCUUGAUGGAAGAGGAAAAAUAAAGAUUAUAGAUUUUGGAUUGUCUAAUUUUUAUAAAUAAGAUGAUCUGUUGAAAACAGCUUGUGGAUCACCUUGUUAUGCUGCUCCAGAAAUGAUAGCUGGAAAAAGAUAUUAAGGACUUUAAGUUGAUAUUUGGAGUUCAGGAGUGAUUCUUUUUGCAAUGUUAGCAGGAUAUCUUCCUUUUGAAGAUACUAAUACAACAUAAUUAUAUAAGAAAAUAAUAUCAGGGGAUUUCAAAUUUCCUAAAUACAUUACAAAUGAUGCAAAAGACCUAGUUAAAAAUAUAUUAAAUACUGAUCCAUAAAAAAGAUAUACAAUACUUGAAAUAAGAAAACAUAGUUGGCUUAAUUUUUGUAUAACUUUAAUCUUAUCAAGUUUUAAAAAGACAAUUAAAAAAUACCAACUGGAAUCAUUGUUGGUCAUCAUAAAAUUCCUAUUGAUCCAGAAAUAUUAAAAUAAUUGAUUCAGUAUGGAAUUUCUGCUGAAUAUGCUGAGAAAUGUAUUGAAACUAAUAGACACAAUCAUAUAACAACAACAUAUUAUCUAUUACUUAAAAAAUAUAUUGUUGCUGGAAAUAAAUCAAUUGCAGGUUCAUAUUCAAAAUUUUAUAUUUAGAUAUCAGUUCUGAAAUAUUUGAACCAUAAAGAAUUUCUAUUAGACAAACAACCUAAACUGAUAGAAGAUAAACUAAUCCAACUAAUCCAUUACCAUUGAUAUAAAGAUAAAGUACAUAAUUAAUAAUAUUUAGGUCGACAUAAUAAUACUAUGCUCAUGGAAGAUUCUCUAAUAGAUACAAAACCUAGAUUGAACAAUUCAGUUAAUACUUAAAACACUAUCUUGUAAUAAUCUCCUACUAUCAUGAAUUAAUCAGUUGAUGUGCGAAGGAAAAUAACUUUAGAUUUUUAAUAAACUAAUGUGUUAGAUGGAAGUUAAUUAUAGUAAUCAAAUGAUAUUAAAGUUCUAAAAUUAAAGACUCCUGUCAAUAGAAAUUAUAUAUUAUCAGAAUAUUAUGGCAGAUUUCCUAGAAAAUCUAGAAAUCAAGAUAGAUAAUCAUCAAUUGAUAAAGACCAAUCUUAUUAUUAAACAUUUUAUAAAGGAACUUCUGUCCCAAAAAAAUGA